AUGUCUACAAAUUGUUUAACGUUCGCCGUAACACUGUUGAUGCUAACGAGUGCUACCGGCGGGAAGUUUGUCAUCAGCAGAAUCGAUGGACAACUUACAUCGAUAGAGCUCAUCAACAAGUACGGCUACCGUGGCCAGGCGUACACGGUUACCACAGCCGAUGGUUACAAGCUCGGCGUCCAUCGGAUAACACGAAAGCAAGGCCCCGAUCCGGACCGGCUGCCGGUACUGCUGGUGCACGGUUUGCUCGGCAGCUCGUCCGACUGGCUGGUGAUCGGACCGGAGGAUGCGCUAGCCUACCAGCUGGCCAAAGCGGGCUACGACGUGUGGCUGAUCAAUACGCGCGGCAAUCGGUACUCCCGCCAGCACGUGCAGCUGUCACCGAGCGAUGCGGCCUUCUGGAACUUUACCUGGCACGAGAAGGGCAUCUACGAUCUGCCGGCCGUGAUCGACUACAUGCUAAACGACACCAAACACCCGGCCGGGCAAAUUUACUACAUCGGCUACUCCGAAGGUACUACGGCUUACUUUGUGAUGACGAGCAGCCUGCCCGCGUACAACCGCAAGAUCCGGUUGGCCCACGCGCUCGCGCCGUCCGUGCUGCUGGAUAGUGUGCGCAGCCCGGUGCUAAACUCGCUGGUCGAUAAUGCGCAAGUUAUCAUGCCACUCGCAUUCACUACGAACCUGGUGGAGCUGCUGCGCUGGUCGGAACAGCAGAGCGGCAUGCUGCAGACGAUGUGUCCACCGGAGUCGAAGAGAAACCCGUGCGUCGUGCUGUUUGAUAAUCUGUUUGGCCCCAAUCCGGAAUCACUCGACACGAAUGCCAUUCAAUCGUUGGUUGGUCACUGUCCGUCCGGGGCAGCGGUUAAGGAGGUCUACCACUACCACCAGGUCAUUCAGAAUGGAAUCUUUCGACCGUACCAGGAAAGUGCCGUGGAUCGCAUCGUCGCACCGUACAACCUUAGUGCCUCGGACGUCCCGGUGCACAUCUACUACGGCAUGAACGAUUGGAUCAUUCAUCCGAAAAAUGUGCGAAAGUUUACCGCUGCGCUGCCGAACAUUCGCGAGUUACGCGCUGUCGGGGGUAAAAAAUUUACCCAUCUCGAUUUCAUCGCUGCUAAGCGCAUUAGAACGGUCCUUUAUACUAAAAUCAUGGCAAAUCUGCAGAAUGAUAUGGUUGAGCUUUUACGACAAUUAGAGAAAAGUUAAACUGCUAUCGAGGUGAGUCCGGUGUAUGGGACAAGACUAUUUUGAAAUCAAAAAAAUACAUUAUCGUUCAGUAAAUAGUACUUCAUCAUGGCCAUUAAAUACAAUGUCCAUCAACAUUGUCAUCUCAGAUUUAAAUAACACAAGCAGUGAAUCUUUGCAUCCUGGUAAUCCUAUCCUAAAUGUACCGGUCACACGUAAAUUGAUUUUCAUGCUAUCGUAUUUUCCUAAAGCCUAUCCCAAGCACAUCGAAAAUCGUAAAAGACUCCUGCAUGAGAUCUACAAAACUCAAAAUUUCAGUUUAAAAAUAAUUUACAAUGACUCAUAUCUGACCACACGACCAUUUUAGCUAAGUUUCCGUAGGAGGUUCUAAUGAUAUUUAGACUAUGAUUGGUAGAGGGUUAGUGAAACAUCAUGCAUGAAAAAGAAAGCAAUAUAACGAUAUGAAAUGGCUCAUUUUGUUCCAAAUGUCACUCGGUUUGGUGGUGUUACGACAUCAGACGCCAUCCCAUUAGAGGCCAGGACUGUUCAGAGCACCCGUAGUAGUUUUUAGUUCCAAAGAUGAUAAAGAAAUAUAAUUUCAUUCUACUAGAAAUUAUCGGUUAACUUGUGCUAAGCCGCAGUGGAACGUCGUUUAUCCAGCUUAUCGGGCCUCGA